CGGGUAGGCGUUGCAGCAGCCAUGGAAUGCGUCAGAAACAAUAAAUCGGGCGAACUUGAACAAUUUUUGGUGACUUUGCUGUUUGCGUCGCAGGAAAUGCCAAAAGAGGCAAAAACAGGGGCCGCCGAUCGCGUCAGAUAGCCAAAGGCGAUCGUCACGUGAUUCUCCUGAAGACUGCGCCCCUUUAGGUUUGCAGCGCAUCAAACGAACCGAAGGAAUCGAAACCCUCGUAUUCCGAUAUUCCGACUCUCCUCGACGCGGCAUCACCAAUUUCUCGUCGCUUGCCAGAUCUCGCGAGAUUCUACCAUGGUGGCCAAGUACAUUGCCAGCCUGCGGGCUCUGGCGGCUCGACGGGUCGUGACUCUCGUGGCCGCUGCCUUUGUCCUGGCCAGCGUCAUUGUCAUUCUUGUCCGGCUCGGGCCGCCCGCGAAGCUCAACGACUUGAAGCUGCCAGACGUCAAGCUGCCGGACAUCGACAUGUCCAAGCUGCCAAAUAUCCCCGGAUUCUCGGGAUCGCACGAGCCGGAACACUAUGAGAAAUGCGACAGGAACAUUACCGAGCCCCUCAAGCUGUGGAAGGCAGCGCAGCAGAAAUAUGACAAAUUGAUGGAUGACAAGUUCACAAUCGCGAUGCAGACUUAUAAGCGGCCCAAGGAGCUCGACGAGACGCUUCGCGUUAUCCUGUCCGAGAAGAUUGCCUCUCUCCACGAAAUUGUCAUCAUCUGGAACAACCUCGAGGAGAAGCCCCCCGGCAACUUCAAAUCCGAGACGGGCGUGCCCGUGCGUUACAGGGUGUCGGAGCGCAACAGCCUCAACAUGAAGCUCCUGCCGGAUCCGGACUUCAAGACCCAGGCCGUGUUGCUUUCGGACGACGAUGUAUACUAUAAGCCGCAGGACCUCGAGUUUGCCUUUCAGACGUGGCGCAAGUUUGGUCAGCAUCGAUUGACGGGAGCUCUUCCGCGCUGUGCGACCCCAGACGCCGAGGGCAACUGGGGCUAUGGCUUCUGCUCCAAGGACAGCAACCAGGAUGUCUACUCCAUGAUCAUCACAAACCUGUGCUUCUCCCACAUGUCCUUCCUCGACUACUACUCGUCCAACAACACGGUCAUGCAAAAGGUCCGUGAUUAUGUCGACGACCACUUCAAUUGCGAGGACAUUGCCCUCAACUAUGUCGUGUCGUACCUCACCGGCACCGGACCCCUCCUGGUCAAGGGCCGCGACAAGUACGUCAACUACGAGCCGGCUCAGGGCAUCAGCAAGAAGCCUGGCCACCUCGAGGCCCGAAGCAAGUGCUUGAACGACCUGACAAAGAUGUUUGGCUGCAUGCCGCUGGUCAAUGAGACGGCUCACAUUGAGCGUGGCGUUAUUGUCUUGUGAUUUUAAUGCAGAAAGAAAGGCGAGGGGACCACGGCGUUUUUUAAAGACAAACCCUCAGCCUACGGAGUAUUGCUUUUUAUUUUUUAUCAGAGCAAGUUCAUUGGCGGAGAGGGUUAUUAUCUCCGACAGUGGAGUUAUCAUAUACGCGUCAGUCGUCAGACGGUUAAUUAAUGUCUUGGACGGGGGGGAUGGACGGGUAAAACGGCGUCGAUCUCUUGGCGCGGGAAGCCUUGUUAUGACUGGGAAUAGAGGGGCGCGAGUCUUGUGUGAAUAGUUAUUUGUAAAAACCCUGGAGGAUCUCUUGUUACUCUACAUGUUUGUGUUUUAGUUUUAGAAAGAAUGAAAUAAGUGUGUAGAUUUCUCAUUCUGAGCAAGCAUUUCCUCCCAAUUGAUAUGAUCUGAUCAUUAGGAG